AGCCCCAGCGCUGGGAGCCAGCGCCGUCAGUGCUGUCAGCGCCGGGCUAUGGACGCCCCCGGGACCCGGGACUCCACCGCCGCCCCGGGCAGGAAGGAGCUGAAGAUCGUGAUCGUCGGUGACGGUGGCUGCGGCAAGACCUCGCUGCUCAUGGUGUACAGCCAGGGGUCCUUCCCCGAGCACUACGCCCCAUCCGUGUUCGAGAAGUACACGGCCAGCGUGACCGUGGGCAGCAAGGAGGUGACCCUGAACCUCUACGACACGGCCGGACAGGACGACUAUGACCGACUGCGGCCCUUGUCCUACCAGAACACCCACCUCGUGCUCAUCUGCUAUGACGUCAUGAACCCCACCAGCUACGACAACGUCCUCAUCAAGUGGUUCCCCGAGGUCACGCAUUUCUGCCGAGGGACCCCCACGGUGCUCAUUGGCUGCAAGACGGACCUGAGGAAGGACAAGGAGCAGCUGCGGAAACUUCGGGCCGCCCAGCUGGAGCCCAUCACCUACAUGCAGGGCCAGAGCGCCUGCGAGCAGAUCCAGGCUGCACUCUACCUGGAGUGUUCCGCCAAGUUCCGGGAGAACGUGGAGGACGUCUUCCGAGAGGCUGCCAAGGUUGCCCUGAGCGCUCUGAAGAAAGCCCAGCGGCAGAAACAACGCCGGCCCUGCCUGCUGCUGUGACCCUUUGGGCCCUGGACACUGGGCUGCAGGGCCCCUGCCAGGACAGGCGGCCCUCAAGACAGAACUGACAGGGCCCAGGACCUUUGCUUCCCACUUGCAACUCUCACAGGGCACUCGGAGUUGGGCAUCUCCAGCAUCUGUGUCUGGGGCCUGUGGCAGGACUCUUGGAUCAUUCUGGGACUUUCUCGUUUCCCAGCUGGGGCUUCUGACCACUAACUCGCCUCCAGGCUCACACUUGAGCGGUGGCCCCAUGGUGAAUGAGGGUGUUGGGUUCACAUCCUCUGUCCUGGAAACCACACUUUCUGCAGGGUCUGGGCCACACAUUUGUCCCCAGGACUCAAGAGUGUCCUCAUCUUGGCUUCCACCAGCCAUGCUGUGCCCCUCUUUGCACACCCAGUUUAUGCUUGAAAUUAAAACUGUCUGGUACACGGGCGAAUGUGGACUUGGCAGGGUUCCCAUGGGCUCCAGGCUGCCUGCUCCCUGGCCUCCUGAGAUAGGCACGGCUGUUUACACUCUGCUUCUUCCUUCCUUUCCCCAGGAACCUGGGGGGCCAUGACAGGGCCAGGGCCCAGGGCCUAUCAGGAGAACACAAGCCAUAGCCCCGGAUGUGGGGCCACCACCACCCACCACCCUGCCCCUCCUCCUGGCCCACACAGCAGACUUAGCCUUGACCUUCAGCUUGGCCACCAUCAUUUCAGAGUUGGGCACACAGGCCCAAGGAGGAGAGGAAAUCAUCUUUCAAAAGGCAAAAAGUAUACCCCUCGAGCCCCAAUCUCACCCCUGCUCCAGGAGUCCUAACCCCCAACCCCACUGUCAGAAAAUCAAGGUGAAACGCACCAUCCAUCCCUGGUGGCCUGGAUCAGGUCAGUUCUCUCUCAGACUCUGUUUCCCCAUCUGCAGCGGACAGGAGUGGGCCAUUUGUCAUUGAGCUGCCCUCUGGCCCUAACAGCUUCCACUUUACCACAAUGUGGGGUUUUGGAGCUGAGGCCAUCCUGGCCUGGCCUCCUGUGGAAAUGGACAGGACCCAUCCCCUCCCUACACGUGAUGGGUUUCUCAUAGCUAGUCCUCUUCAGACCACCUGUGUCAGCAACAGCCAGGCGGGCACCUGUUAACCUGUAGACCCCUGAGCCCCGGGCCACCUUCCAGAAAUUCUGGAGGGAGGGGCCCAGGACUUUUGAAGCAAGUGUUCCAAAUGAUUCUAACGCCCAUCAGAGAUUGACCGCUGCUUGGUUCUGGAGUGAGGCCCAGAGGACAGCAUUACCAAGAUGGGAUCAUGGCUCCAAGUGGCUUUUGCCCCCCUUGCCCAAUGCUGGGUGCCCCCCUAAGCCUGAGCCUAUCAGAAGCCAGGCUGCCAGGAAAGGAGACUUCUGAAAUGCACUCCACCCUACCUAGGUUCCCAAAGCCCUUGUAAUGCUCUGGGGAUCAACAGAGGAAUGAGACCAAGGACCUCGUAAUCUUGCAGAACCCGAGGAGGUGUGCACACAUGACGCUCUAGGGCAGGGGUCAGGAAACUACAGCCUGUGAGUCAAAUCUGGUCGCUGCCUGUUUUUGUGAAUAAAGUUUUAUUGGAACAUA